GAAGAAGCGGAGGGAGCAUGGCGCAGGGAGAUUAGAGAAGCGGCAGCACUGUUCACAGAUACAUAUACACAACUGCCUUCACUUGGUUAUAAAAUGGCUUCUCAUAGCGACACUGAGGAGAAAGGGGUCCCGGUUCUGAAAGAGGACGGUCGGGAGAGGCACCCGAGCAGUGAGAGCGGUCUCAGAGCCGGCGGCAGGGCGAAGCCAUCGUCUCUCCUCCGAAACGCCUCGAAAUCCAAACAACAAAAUGGCGAACAAGCAAGCGGCGGCCCCGGGCUGCUCCGAGCCGAUAUGGCUCCUGCUCCUCACCCAUUCGCUGCAGAAAGCGAGGAGCAUGGAGCCUCUGCCGUUCAGAAAACCGCCGAAGAUCAUGUUCGGAAGAGUUUUCAGAUCCCCAAGAAGAACAAAGAAAAGAAAGAGCUUUGUCAACUGGUGCCAGUGGGCUCCAGGGAAUUUAAACAAGACAUCUUGAAAAUUCUCAAUUCAUCUUGCUUGGAUGCUUCAUCCAGUUCUAACUUCAACUAUGUGAAAGCUAGUAUGGUUCACAAUGAACGAUUAGAAAAAGAGUACAUGGAAAAAAGGAAGGAGCUGAGAAAUGAGGGUCGAACCGAAAAGGAGUUGGUGGAAUCAUAUGCAUUCUUGCUCCUUGAUGCUUCACAGAUUCCCAUUAUUUGUGAGAAAGGGUUGCCUGUGGGGCACUCCAAAGUAACAAUUCUCGGAAAUCCUACAAUGGGUAUUUACCUUUCAAAAUACUGUGAUGUACUUCAGCCCAAUCCUUUGGAUAGCGGAAGGAAGGCAGAGAUGAUAAUUUUCAAAAUUAUAAAGGGAAGGGUAAAAGCUGUUUUUGACAACACCACCAAGAAUUUCACCCCUCCAACCCCAAAACACGAUUGCCACGUUUUUAGAAACCUUAACCGGGUCAUUUCGCUGUUCACUUACAGAGCAUUUGACCUUACACAGUUUUAUCUCUAUGAAUUUGGAAAUGAAGGCAUAAGACAGUAUCCAAGACAUGUUUGCCCGUAUGCCGUGGUAUCCUUUGUUUACAAGGAAAAUAAAAUUCCCAAAAUACCCAAACCACUUGUGCUUAGCAUUGACGGCACCCAAUCAGGAAAGUCUUACACCAUCUGGAAAGGACAACUAAUGAACAAGGGGAGGUUUCUGUGCUUUGGCUUGUUACGAUCAGCUACCCAGCCAUUUAUGCCAUUCAAACUGCCUGAAAAACUUGACAUUGCAACUGUUAUGAGUGUUGAUAGCUUAAAAAACAAGGUACCAAUGACAGUGUUCCGGAAAGCAACUUUCGCAGGGACAAGAGAAGCACUGAAGAAUGGAUUGUAUUAUAGCUUGUAUGAGUUUGUGGAACAAGGAAAAACAGGAAGCAAUUUGGAGUCUCUGCUUCAUAAACUGGAAGAGGAAAAACUAGUUCUCAUCAAACCGUUGGGUGAUCGAGGAUUUCUGCUUUUAUUUUCUCCAUUAGAGAUGGUCGAUAACAGUUCUCCAAGCUCAAAGCCCAAGUUUCUUCAAGCAUUAUUUUUGUUUCCAGAGUCUAGACUGAUUGGUGAUGAGAUUAAGAGAAAUGCUGAAUCUGUGUCAACUGUAUACAGUGAUCCAGAGGUUAUGCCGCAGUUAUCCAAGUUUAUACCUGCACUGUACUUUGCUCUGGAUAAAAUUCGAAAAGAGCUGCCUGGUAGUUUAAAGAAUUCAACCAUGGAUGCUGCAUUUGAAAAUAAUGUAAUUGGUUACCUGAAGAAUUCCCAAGGAAAAGAGUCUUGUGCUGAAAAUGGAAAGCCUAGUCAAUUUAUCAUUCCCACUUACGAGGAGAAAAGGUUCUCUUCAGCCAGGCAAAAGAGAUCAAAUUUAUCAAGAAUUUUGCGCUCUUACUUUUUUCACCCUCUUCGGUAUCAGUUUGAAGUUUCCAAAGCUAGAGAAGUGUUAGACCAAUAUCCAAUUUCUGAUACCGAGUUGCUCAGCUCCCCUGCCACAUGUGCUGCAGAGGAACAGAAAUUUGAGAAUCCAAUGCCAGAGAUCGCUGCUCAGGAACCAGUGGAUCCUCAAACGAGUAGCAUCAUAGCUGAUGGUAACUUUGUGAUGCCUUCUGAUAAUAUGGCUGAUUAUGAUCCUGAUAAAAUCCAAGAGCUCAUUGACUUGAUAUACAGCAGGAAAAGGCAUGGCCCAGGGGAAGCUAGUGUAAUGAAUAUUGAAGGACUUGCACAUUGUAUAUCUGACAAAAAUAACCUUGGAUUGAAGAGGAAGUUAGAAUCUGUUUCUGAGAGGAGCCACAAGCAUAUGAAGACAACUCAAGGUAAUCUCUUUGCAGGGUCAGUGGCAGUGGAUGAAUCAAGGUUACCUGAUCCAGCUCCUCAAGUAAUAAAUGGGCUCGGCUUCAAUGAAACCGACAUAAGGCAACGUGAGCCUGCCACGACGUUGGCUCCAGAUACUGACAAACUGGUUGGCUUGUUGCUUGAAGUAUUUAAAUCUUCCACUUGUCAGAGCUCUAACUCAGUUUCAUUAAACCAGGAAAUAAGGAUGCCGGUUUGCUCCAGUGGUGAUAAUCUACAAAGCAACAAUAUGGGUUUUUGCUGGGACCAAAGUAAUGCUUUGAUUAAUGAGAAAUCACAACUGAAUCAGAAAAGCAUUGAUGACCACACCCCACACAAUGAACCAACAAAACAAGAGCACUCCCAGGAAAGCUUUGUACCUGGCCUCGAGCAAGAAAGUCCAAGUUUAUGUGGAAGUAGUUCUGGUUUAGCAUAUGUUGAUGACAUUCAUUUCAGAAUAAAAACAAUUGACCAGCCUUCUGGAGAACAUGCAUUACAGUACAAUUUGAGGGAAGAAUACCCAGAGGAGCAGAGUUUGGGAAGUGUAGGCAGUGCUGAAAGUUGUAGUCCAUGUACAAAUGCCUCCCUUGAACAGCUGUACAGCAAGAAGAUGACCACUUCCGAUUGUCCAAGUGAUAGUGAAAUUAACUGGAAACUUAUUCCCAUAACUGAUAUGAAAUCACGGAUUGAACAACUGUUCUAUUUACCACCAGAGGAUUCAUGUCCUGAUGAUCCACGGGUCAUAAAUCGACAGUCGAACAUUAAUCAUUAUCAGUCGCCUUCAGACUCUGGCACUGGACUAGGCAACAUUUUUAAGGAUUUCCAACAGUAUUUUGCACCUUAUGAGACCAAUGGCCAUCUGUUUGAUUUGAAAGGUGAUUCAGCUUCAGCAAUUGAAAAUACUGUUCUGUUGGAGUACAGCAAAUUCUCAGACAAAAUGAAGCAAUUGCUUAAGAAGGAAAAGGUCCGAUAUGGUCCUGACAACAAACGGCCAAUAUUUUAUGCUCCACGAAAGAUUCUGGCACUUUCCAGGUAUUCAAAUGCCCAGUCACACCAAGUCUCUGUGCAAAGUUAUAUCCAUAAAUUACGCAAGAGGAUGAACUGUGUAAUUGCUGAUGCAUGUUCUGGUCUGUCUCAUACAAAUUUGCAUCUUUAUCCAUCACCGCCUCCAGAGCUACUAGUUCAGAGGAUACAAGAAGAGAUUGUAACCUGCAGUAGAGUCGUACAGGAGCCAUUCCUAUUCACAGGUUCUCAAUUAAAUACAUUAGUGUGUACAACAGAAGAGUCUAACCACUGUGACAACUCUGUGUAUGAAGAACCGAUUCCCUGUGAAAAGUCUCGGGGAUCUGAAAAGGAUUCAAAAACUGGUGCUUCCCUGUCUGAGAGUAUAGUGCAAUCAGAAACAUCUGGACAAAUUUUGAGCUCAGUCAAUGAUUCAGAUUCCAUAGCUGCAGUAGGGGAGGACAAAAGCUUAUCACCAGAGCAAAUACCAAGCUUUGGGAACCAGCAGGAGAUGAUGCAUCCAUUGCAAGAAACCACUGGAACUGUCGGACUUCCUGGAACACAGCCGUGUUUAACCAACUUAAUUCAGCAGUUAAAUCCUGAAGUUUUUUGCAGCUUAGUUGAAAUUAUUAAGGAUGUUCAGAAGAACACGGUGAAGUUUUACAUUUAUGAAGUGGAGAAGACUUCUGUCUGUGCAGAAAUAAAGGAAUAUUUGACUGGAUUGGGUAAUAAGGAGUGUCAUCCAGAGGAGUUUUUGAAAAAAAAAGAUGGUUCGAUGGAUAAAUUACUGAUUAUAAUUCAAAAUGAAGACAUUGCAUCUCACAUUCACAAGGUCCCAUCCUUGAUAUCUUUAAAGAAGUUGUCUCGUGUCAGUUUUGCUGGAGUGGAUAGCUUGGAUGAUGUACAGAAUCACACAUACAAUGAGCUAUUUGUGUCUGGUGGAUUUAUGGUGUCAGAUGAAACCGUCCUGAAUCCAGAGUGUAUUACGGUUGAAAAACUUCAGGUAUUUCUAGAAUUUCUUAAAGAUUUGAGCACUCCUGAAAGCAAGUGGGUCUGGAAAGUUCACUGCAAAAUAUACAAAAAGUUGAAGGAGCUGGCAAGAACAAAUACAGCAGCCUUCAAUAUUCUAUCACUUGUGAAUAAGUAUCAGAAAUGUAAUUUAGUAGAAGUUCUAUCUUACCACGACUGUGACUCCAGAUCACGGAACACUAUUGAAUUAGAUUGUUUAGUCAAACUUCAAGCUCAGACAAUACAGCACAGACAUGCUGUGUUCCUGACUGAGAAAAAUAUGGAGCCUCUUUCUAAUUACUCAGAGUGUGGAGUGGUCGUGACCAGUAUUGAUGAUCUUGUGAAAAACUUCAAAAACCUUAUUGGCUACCAUAGUUCAAGCAUGGAAGAUAAACAGCUGUUAGGAUUAGGAUCUCAAGAUGCCCUGCAAGGUACAUUUUCUUCUAAGUCAUUGGAAUUGACAGAAGUGGAAAGUGUUGAUGCAGAAAACUUGGGAAGAAGUGAAGGAAACAAUGAAGAGGAAGAUAUGUCAUUGGACUCUGAAGAUAAUUCACCACAGAUAGAAAUCUGUAGUAAGAAACCUGAAGAUCUGAAUAUUGCUAAUAACUCUCAAACUGAGGUACAGGGAGCAAAAGGAACACUGAGCCAUUCAGAGGAGUCCUUACAGCAGGCAUCAGGUGAUGUUCAAAUCACCCCCUCAGUGGAUGUUACUUCUGAACUGACUUCAAACAAUGUUCCUGCUUCCACUUUGCAAUUGGUCAAAGGAGAUAAAGAUUCGGAAGGAGUAGAAGGAUUUACUUACAACAGAAGUCCGUUCUACUCUCAUUCACAAAUAGAAUCAGACUAUAGGAACUUUAAUGUAAUUACUCAUCAAAGUUUCCUAACAAGUGGAAUUGGGCAAUCAUACAUUCCUCCUCUGAGCCAGAAUAGUCAAGACACCAGUAGUUAUUUUUCAACUGGAUACAAUCAAAACUUACCAUAUAAAAAUAACUGGAAAAAUUCCUGGAAUGCUGGUAGUGCAUCAAGCCUGUCUUACCAGCAGCAGCAGCAUAAACAACAUCAGCAGCGCUAUCACUAAAUUCCAACUUGUACUACCUUUCAUGGAGAACUUCGGAAACUUAUGAAGGUGCUAACAUUGAAGUGUACCUAGUUCAUGUUUCCAGACACCAGUGUAUUUCUGGAUUUGUUCCUCAUCUUUUGUUUGGUGCUGAAAGGACUUCUUCAUUGGCUAACACGUGGCAUACCCUGUAUAUGUUGGUUAUAUUGACUUCUGUUGUUUCAGAUGGAAACAGAUGGAGUUUGUUCCUUUUCAUUUCUGGUAUGAUGACUACAGUUUCUUCUUGCAGUUUGCUCCUUAAAUCAUUUAAGACAUUUGUUUUACGAUUGCUUUUACUUGCUCAAAAGCAAGUUUAUUUUGUUUCUGAACCACAUUUCUGCUUUUUUUAAAAAAAAAGUCAAAUCAUUUUCUUGCAUAUUCUUCCUUUAAGUAAGAAAUUCAGAUCUAGCAGUCAGAAUUAUGCAAAGAUCUGAAUCUUGGCUACAGCUGCUGUGUUGUAACUGUUGGCCAUUAUACAUUUAAUUUUUUUUAAAGAGAAACUGAGUAAACUUCAGUACAACUGUACUGUAAGCACUUCUUUGAAGCAUGUUACACUGAUAUACAAUCAGUCUGUGUGUAAACUUUAAGUAUAAUGGUUAUUGGCUGUUUGAUCCAUUUCAUGUUAGCAGCCUGAUGUAUGUUAAGAAAAAUCUGAAAUGUAUCUAAAUUAACCUUUUUGGUUAAAAAGAUAUUUUUAAUUUUUCAGAAAAAUACCACAAAAAUACUCCUGACUUGCAGUUAAUCUUUUGAUAGAUUUAAUUUAUUUUGUACAAAUGUUUCAUGAACCAUUGCUUUUUUUUAUUCAAGUUGUGUGGUUGCUGUCUGGUAAUAGUGUUUUAUUUAAUGGCCUUACAGCAGUACACUGAACUGCUUGUUAACUAAACAUAUUCAUAUACCUCAUUUUCAAGUGUAGAGCCUAUUUUGCCACUUGUUCAAUUGAGCAUUAAAUAAAACACUUGCAUACAAAUUACUUCAGGAUAUUUGUGUAUGUGUGUAAAUAUAUAUAUAUAUAGAGAGAGAUUAAAACUGUUUUUCUUACACUGUUGUAUAUUAAAAAUUUAGACCUAUCAA